AGUCACAAGGCUAAAGCACCUUUCCCUGGUUACUAGUCAGUCGAUCUAUCUAUAUAAUGCAAAAAUAAAGCAGACAUCAACACAGAACCCAUUGGCACAAUUCUGGAAGUGAUUCAAAAUCCAUUUUCUUUGAUACCAUAUACAAGUUACAACUGCACAUCUUUGAUGCUCAAAAAGUCGCAAAACACGGAGAAAUGGAUGCCGCCGGAGGAGCUAUGGUAUUGUUUGUUGCAGUCGCGAUGGCUAGUUUUAUCAUAAUUCAUGUGUAUGGGGACACUUUGCUCGCUAUGGAUCAAUAUUUUCUUGUCCAACACGACACGCAUCACCAACCCAAAGCGUUUAAAGCUUCAUUAUAUCGACCCAAUUCGAUGUUUGCUUCACCAAUGCAGGCUACUUCACCUCCUCCAGUGUAUCAUUUGACGUCUUAUGGCGCAGACCCAACUGGGAAAACAGACAGUACAGAAGCACUUGUUAAAGCAUUAUCAGAUGCACUUGAUGGUCCAACAAAUGGGUUCCUGAUGGAGGGAAUUCUUAAUCUUGGUGGUGCUAAGAUUGAACUUGAUGGUGGAAAUUACUUGAUCAGCCGUCCACUUCAAUUUUCUGUUGCUGGAAGAGGGAACCUAGUGAUACAGGGAGGAACAAUAAAGUCAUCAGAUAAUUUUUCAAACGGCACCUACUUGAUAGACUUGUCUCCGUCCUCAGUCAACAACUCGUUGAAAUAUAACUACGAGUUUGUAACACUAAGAGACCUCUUACUCGAUUCUAAUUUCCAAGGUGGAGGAAUUCGAGUGGUGAACUCAUUGAGAAUAAGCAUAGACAACUGCUACAUUACACAUUUCACCACCAAUGGCAUCCUAGUCCAAGGUGGUCAUGAAACUUAUAUCAGAAACUCCUUUCUUGGCCAACAUAUUACUGCUGGUGGUGAUGCCGGGGAAAGAAAUUUUUCGGGCACGGCGAUAAAUCUAAUGGGAAAUGAUAAUGCAGUUACUGAUGUGGUAAUAUUUUCAGCUGAGAUUGGAGUAAUGGUUUCAGGUGAAGCUAACACACUUUCCGGUGUACAUUGUUACAAUAAGGCCACUGGAUACGGGGGUACCGGGAUUUAUCUCAAGGUGCCAUCUGGUUUAACACAAACUCGAAUUGUGAAUUGUUACUUAGACUACACUGGUAUUGUUGUUGAAGAUCCUGUCCAAGUACACAUUUCUAGUAGCUUUUUUCUUGGAGACGCGUAUAUACUUCUCAAACCCGUGAAGGGUGUUGCGAUUGGAGUAAAUAUCGUGGAUAACAUGUUUUCAGGUUCUAAUAAGGGUGUCGAUAACGUACAAUUAGAUAAACAAAAUGGGACUUUUACGAAGAUUGAUCAAGUUGUGAUUGAUAGGAAUAAUGUGAAUGGGAUGAAUCUUAAGGCCACGGUUGCUAGGCGAAGCGUGCAAGUAAAUGGAAGCUCAUGGCUAGUAGACUUCAAUUCAGUGCUCUUGUUUCCAAAUCUUAUUAAGCAACUACAUUAUACAUUGGAAGCAAAAGGGAAUUCCUUCCCUAAACAUGUACUGAGAAAUGUGUCAAAUAAUCAAGUGCUGAUCGAGUCGAACGUGCCGGUUGAAGGAACUAUUUAUAUAACAUCGGAUCAAGGAAGUUAAUUCACUAUAUUUGUUUAUUUAUUUAUUUCUAGUUCUAUAAUUCGGAUGACAAUUUCCUUACAGUAGUAGUAUAGUACUGUUGUUAUGAACAAGAACCCACAUAUUGUUUAGGUCUAAAUUCCAGUCAAUUGCAAGAAAUAACUGCAAAAACGUAAGAAGACAAAUUUACUUUGUCCCUUCCACUACAAAGGUGUACAUCUCCAUUGAUCAUCCACCAGAGGAAAAAAGCUAAAAGCAGUAGAGAAAAAUAAGUUUACUCCACGAAUUCUUAAAGGUACAACAUCCCGUGAAGUUGAAAGUUGGAAAGAAAGAUGAAAGAUGGCGUUGAAUCUUGAAUCUUUUCUUAUUUGGCCCAUGUUUGA